AAGACACCUCAGCUAUCAACCACACGCAGGCUAAACUACAGAAAUGCUGCACCUGUGCCUGAUCCUCUCUGCAGUUUGUGCUAUAGGCACAACUAAACCCUUACCUGAUACUUUCUCUUACUCGGUUGGUGUUGGGGGCGGCGGCGGCACCGAAUUCUCCACGGCACAUGAGGGUCUAAUCACAGGACUCCGAAUCUGGGAAUAUCCCGGCAACUAUAUUACCGGGAUCCAGAUGAAAUAUGACGGUAACUGGACAGAUCUGAUUGGUUCAGGUUAUGGCAAUCAACAGGAGAUGGUGAUCUAUGAUAAAGAAUUCAUCAGUCAGAUCUCGGGAAAGCACAGCAAUUAUAUCUAUGAGCUGAUUUUUGUCACUAAUACGGGGAGAUAUUUUAAAGUGGGAUCGCCUGUUGGAAACUCAUUCAACUUUUAUCCAACCGUGAAAGGAAGUCAACUGCGUUUUCUCAGUGGUCGAAACGAUGGAUGGGCCAUCACUUCCAUUGGGGCUCAUUGGGCCAUAGUGAAAUAGAGCUGAGAAAUAUAAACAUUAAAUCAAAUAAAACAAACAUAAUUGUUUGACAAAAUAUUUUUCCAUCUCUUAAUUUUCUGUAAAUGUUUUUUUUUUUCAGAUUGAUUAGCAGCAGAUGUUUUGCAUUGAAAAUAGUUCACUUAUCUCCACAGAAAUGUGUUUUGAUUCUUUAUACUAAUUAGUUAUAUGUCUAUGGUCGUUGAUUCUUUUUGUUAA